AUGGAUUUUGUUGCAAUCUACUUCUUGAUGUUGCUAUGUUUAAACAUUUUUACCAACAGCUUCAGCAAGGGAAUCCCUCAACCAAGUUGCAUUAAAAGUGAGAGACAAGCUCUUUUGAAGAUUAAGCAACAACUCAAGCACUCUAACAUGUUAGCUGAUUGGAAUGCUACAAAAGAAGAUUGCUGCAAAUGGGUGAGAGUGUUUUGUAACAUUGUUACUGGCCAUGUCACUGAACUUCAGCUUGGAAGUUCAAAUGAUACCAUUGCAUCAUCAAGGAGUAAAAAAGUUGGGAGUUUGAAGCUAGGCGGUAAGUUGAGCCCUGCUUUACUAGAUUUGAAGCAUUUGUCUUACUUGGAUUUAAGCAACAAUGAUUUUGAUCCAACUCAAAUCCCUGAUUGGUUUUGGAACUUGACUUCCCAUCUUCAGUAUCUGAACAUCUCUGGGAAUCAAUUCCAGGGAAAAAUCCCAGAUUUGCUCACAAAUCAGGCCUCUCUUGUGUUAGACUUGAGUUUCAACAACUUCACUGGUUCAUUGCCUGGUAUCUCCUUAAAUAUGACAGUUUUAGACCUUUCUAACAAUGUUUUAUCCGGAUCUAUGUCCCAGUUUUUGUGCCACAAAAAGCAUCAGAUGAAAUUGGAAGUUCUCAACCUUGAGGGUAAUCACUUGUCUGGAGAAAUACCAGAUUGUUGGGAGAAAUGGAGAAGCUUGGUAGCCAUUGAAUUGUGCAACAACAAUUUUAGUGGUGGAAUUCCAAGUUCCAUGGGAGCUUUAACUUCUCUCGAGUCCUUGCACAUACGAAACAACCAUCUAGAGGGUGAAAUACCUGACUCGCUGACAAAUUGUACUCAAUUGCUCACUCUUGACUUUGCUGCUAAUCAUCUCUCUGGAGAAAUACCACCAUGGAUGGGAGAAAGGCUCUCAAAAUUGAUCAUCAUCAGCUUUCAAUCAAACAGGUUUCAUGGUCAUGUACCAAAGCAAAUUUGUGGUCUGUCUUCUCUUCAAAUCCUGGACCUCUCCCACAACAAUCUGUCAGGAAAUAUCCCAAGCUGCAUCAACAAUCUUACUGCAAUGAUCUCAAGAAAAAUCUCAUGCAGCAAGAUAUCUUAUAACACUUCAAAGGGGUGCUUUUUUGACAAUAUGGCACUUAUGGUGAAAGGGACGAUGCUUGAUUAUAGCAAUACCCUUGGACUAAUCAAAUUGGUGGAUCUUUCAGACAACAAUUUAUCAGGUGAGAUCCCUGAGGAAAUGACAAUGCUCACAGGGCUGCUAUCGUUGAACUUGUCAAAGAAUCAUUUGGCUGGAAAGAUUCCGAGUAACAUUGGUGCCAUAAAGACUUUAGAAUGUGUCGAUCUAUCAGAGAACAAUCUUUCAGGUAAAAUCCCAGACUCUAUGUCUGAGCUAAGCUUCUUGAGUUACCUGAAUUUGUCCUAUAACAAUCUUACUGGACAAAUCCCAACAGGUACUCAACUCCAAAGCUUUAGCGCAUCCAGUUUUCUUGGCACUAAACUCUAUGGACCACCUCUACCUACUCCAAAGACCCUGGUCCCUGCUAGCAACAUUGUAGGAGGACAAGUGGAUAGUAGAAAACAAGUCGACUGGUAUAUUAUAUGGCUGGAAUUUGGAUUUUGGUGUGGGUUUCUAUGCGUAGCUUGCCCUCUUUUAUUUACCAACUCAGGGGAUGCGUGUAUUUUCCGUAUCCUAACCAAGUUGAAGAUCAAACAUUUUUGA